CUUCAGCCUCUGGUCUAGGCCGCAGCGGCCUACGCGAGAGCCGAAUGCCCGAAUGGGGUCCGGCGCGGCGCUGCCGCUGCUGAGGCCGCUCGCGCUGUGCUUCUUAGUGCUGCCGCUUGCCCCGUCCACGACCGUGCAGACGCCGGGGCCCUCCGUCCUGGCAACCAGCACUGAUGGAGCGGCGACGGGGCCGCAGCCCGAAGGACUCUCUAGCUCUGCGCCGACCGCGGAGACAACCCCUUGGCCCCCUGAACCCAGCCUGGGCCCUUCCGCCUCGGAAUCCAGCCGGAGCACCAGCAGCCCAGUAGAGACCCCCGGGCCCAGCCCCGCAGGCACCCGCGGCACCUCCAGGCCAGCGAGCCCCUCUGCAACUCCCCAUCCCGGUAGCUGGCCCCAGCCGGUGAUGGACGUGGCCAAAUUGUGUGUCUGUGACCUGCUGGUGGACCAGUGCGACAUCAACUGCUGUUGUGAUCCCACCUGCACCGCUGCAGAUUUCAGCCUUUUCACAACAUGCUCAGUUCCUGUUGUCACAGGCGAGAGUCAGCUCUGCGGGCAGCAAGAAGCUCUUUAUUCAAUAGACACAUCAGCGCAGCCUCCCAAGAGGACAUACCAGUUAGCUGACAAAGUCAACCCCAGUGUUUUCUGCCUGCAAACCAUCAACUACAAAGCUGCGCUGACCUUCCAGCCUCCAGAAAUACCAACUUCGCAAAAUUUUGAUAGAUUGCUUCAGGACUAUGGUGGAAUUCACUUUAGCACCGAAACAGACCUUACAUCAAGUGCUGAAUCGGAAACCUGGAGGGCUGUUAAUGGCGCUGAAACCAGCAGAUAUGAGUACAGAGAUCCGAUACAGACAGCAGAUGGGUUUCUGUGGCUCCCUGCUCCCCUCUUCUCCUCCCAGUGUGCCGACAGUAAUCCCGCAGGGUUCCUGGUAAAUCAGGCUGUGAAAUGCAACAGGAUGAUCCAGGCAGACGAGUGCACCACCAUUCCAGCUCUCAGCAUGCAGUUCUAUACCAAUUCUAGCAUUCUGGCUGUACCAAAGUCCAAUCGAACGGUGAAGGUCACCAUCCAGUCCACAACCGUGCAGCUCCUGGAAGGUCUGCGGACACGCCUGGCGAGUAGUGCUGUGCUGCUCCCAACGUUGCAGGAUCAGACCUGCAACAAUGUGGUUCUUGGGGCCAGGUAUCUGAUUACUUUCACAGAGGCAGGUGAAAUCGCCAGUGCAGCUGUGUCUCUUGUCCUGGCCACCGUUAACAUGACAGCUGGAUUCAUUCGGCAAAGCUUUGAAGUUCGUUUCGUUCAGCAAAACACUCAGCCUGUUAUUCUCAGUGGAAAUCCCGGCUAUGUAGUUGGGCUGCCAAUCAAAGCUGGAUUUGGAUCUCCUGGCUCUGGAAUCAUCCAGAGUAUGGAAGAAGAUGGCCAGCUCACCAUGUUGAGAAGCACGUCUACACAGGAUUGUUUAGCAGUGGAAGGAAUCAGAACUCCUGUGUUAUUUGGGUACAACAUGAUGUCUGGCUGCCAGCUACGAAUUACCAAAGAUGCCGAUUGCCUGCUUUUGGCCCCGGCACUCCUGAAUGUCCUGAAGGGGCAAAAAUUCCCAGACUCUGUGGCUGCUUUUGGAAAUUCUGAACCACAGAACAGACUGGACUGGGUGCAAAUUGUCUACAACAUCAGCCAACCAAGCAGCUGUGAAAUACCAGUGCGAUUUGAAAUCGAAGUGAAAUGGACUAAAUACGGCUCUUUGGUUAACCCCCAAGCGAAACUCACAAGCCUCACAGUGACAGUAGUGACAGCUGCCUUGCCUCAGGUCGAUUCAGGAAGUGAAAGAACCAUUCUGAUCUUAAGCACUGUUACUUUUGUCGAUAUAUCUGCACCUGCUGAGCCAGGCUACAAAUCUCGCCCAACCGUUGAGGCCAAAUUACCAUUUGACUUUUUCUUUCCGUUUGUUUAAAGAGAGGCGGCCGCUGAUCAGAUGUUGUCUCAUCAUUGUAUCAUCACUACUAAUCUCUCCUACUAAGAGCUUGGAAAAUGUAAUGGGACCCUUUGCUCCGGGGGGGGGGGGUUCAUUUCCUUUUUUCUACAGGGAGAGAAAACAGCGUUGACACACAGCUUGCCUUUGUCCCAGAAUGAGGAACAGCAGCUCCUGCAUCAAAUCCCCGCUCAACAAAGCAAUAUAUCCCUCACUCAUCUGCCAGUUUUGAGAUCCUCUGACGUACUCCAAAAUCCCCUGUGUUAGGGGAAAUUAGCUGCCAAGCAGGCCUGUGGAAUGCAAGCAUUGCAAGAGAUGGCAGGCUCCUUGCUGCAGCAAUGACCAUCGUCUUUCCAGAUGCCCUUUUUAAAGCAGAGAAUUAAAAGCUUUCCCAUAGAAAGCUAAAAACUCCAGCUGCCUGCUGGCCUCUGCACAGCAGGCCACAAAACGGUCCAGUCUGCUCGCUUGCCGGCACCUAUUAAAGAGGCCACAGCACGGAGUCUAGCAGACUUUCAUGUUCCAUAUUGUGCAGAUCUAACCUUUUCCAGGGGCCUGUGAUUUUGACAUGAAGGCAGUUGCCCACAUCAGAGGUGGUACAGGCAUUCCGGAAGGACUGUACCAUGUGGCAGAACACACAUAUUAGACGCAACUCCUGUGCGGCUGCUAAAAAACGGCAACACUGAGCACAAGAAGAGAGUUCACCUUCAAGGGGGCCCAGGGCUCACCGAGGCAGAUUGGAAUCCCUUUCCCCUGCACUGAAAGGAAGUGGGUGAGAUCUCAUCAAUACGAAUUGUUGUUAGGGGAGUAAUUUGCCUAUUGUGAGCUGGAAUAUGCAGCCUUAGGAAACAUUUUUGUAUUUUAACCUUAAAAUCAUUUUUGUUCUCCUAGUGUUUGUUUAACGAUAAGGACUAGAAACUCAAAAAUUGUACCAAACACACUUGGAGGCCACCUUUAUAAGCCUCAGUAGUUGUGCUUGGAGCCCAAGCUGCCCUCCCCACUGGAUGAAAGUGAGUUGAGGAAUAGCUGCUAGUUCUGGACCGCCGAGCCCUGGCUGGCGAGGAGGAAGUCUUUUAGAUGCUCCAAGGAAGUCUUCUAGAAACCAAAAGCCGAGCUCGUGGAACUGGAGAGGGUCGCUGACUUGGGCUUCAGAUCUGCAACUGGCAACUUCUGAAUCCGGCUGAUUCUUUAACAUGGAUUUGACUUUAUUAAAUAAUUUUUGCCAUUUUUUUUUAAACUGUACAGCUAUACAAUUAAAGUCGGGAAUAAUGA